UAAACAUUUAAUGUUAACAUGGGCAAUCUUGACACAAAAAUUAUUAGAAACAUUUGAAUCUUCAGGAAAAGCUGAGAUUGCAUUUAAUCGUUUAAGUCAUUAUGAACUAGAUAUUACUCAAGAUGCGAGGCAAUAUUAUUUUGAAGUUAUGAAAAUAUGUAAAGAAACUAAUCCGUUUAUGGAUGAAGCUAGUAAGCUACAAUAUUUGAAAGAUGGUUUAAAAUCUUAG